AUGGAAGGAGAGCUAUGUAAUGUUUUUGGUGAGGUGGUUCGUAUCACAGUGCUGUCCGUAGGAUAUACAGCAAUCGAAACAUCAAAUGAUGUACGGUACCAAUGCUACCGCAGUGUACAACAUGCGGAUGCUACAUUGUCCUUCGGACGGUCUGCACCCAUAACAACCAGUAUAUCACCACCACCACACAGAAAUCACCCUGUCCCUAUACAUGCAGAUGUAUUGAUUGUUUGGUUCUCUGAUUAUGGAGAUUAUUGGCAUACGAACGGGUUUGGUCCCUUCUACUGCGAGGCUGCUACGGCUUGUGGAGAUGUAACAAGGGUCACUACAUUUUUUCAGAGAAGUGAUGCUAAGUUCAUACCAAGUGAUGGAGUGUUUACAAAGACAGUCAGUGUGGCAGACACAGGAGUAGUGAUCUCAAUGACUGAUCGAUACCAACCUGAUGAUGAUGGAAGUAUCACAUGGAGGAAAGAUGGUGGUGAUGUUCUUACACAAUUUGAGGGACAGACCAGUAUCAGCUUCCCAAGCCCAAUCCGGAUAUCAGACCAAGGGAUUUAUGAGAUCUACUACGAUGGCGAGAGAGAUCAAAACAGAGGAGGAAUAUACAGACUUAUCGUCAGGGAAUGUCCUGCCGGUAAGUGGGGUCCACCUAGAUGUUAUGGUGUCUGUGAUAACUGCUACAACGGUGGUGUCUGUGAUGAUAAAUCUGGUCUUUGCAUCUGCCCAAACAAUUUCAAAGGAAAGAAUUGUUUAGAAAUUUGCAGGGAUGAUGGAGGGAAUAACUUUGGAAUAAACUGCGAAUCUUAUUGCUCAUAUCGUAACUCGCCAACUCAAUGUCGUGGCUUUCUGUUCUGUCUACCUGAUCCUUAUGGAUGCUCAUGUGAUGUUGGUUCCCAAGGCCUUUCAUGUGAUAGUGAUUGUCUAGUUGGUACAUAUGGCGUAGGAUGCUCACAGACAUGUCACUGUGCAGAUGAGUCAUCGUGUGACCCUUUUAGUGGAAUAUGUACUACAGGUGGAUGCCAGCCUGGUUGGUCAGGGAACAAUUGUCAAAUUCCUGAUAUCUGUGAAGCCGGUUACUAUGGACCUCAAUGUAUUGAUAAAUGUUACUGCAUGGAUGAUGCAUCAUGCGAUAAAACAACAGGAGCAUGUCCUCAGGGGAAGUGUGCCUUGGGAUACAGCGUACACGAAGGAAACGAUACUUGUCAAGGUGGUGGUGGCAAACGCAAAGGCCGGAGUAAAAAGUGGCGACAGAUACUCAAGUUUCCCCACAUAACAGAGUGCCAACGCCCUACAGAAAGAUUAGGUUCGUAUUAUCUAGCACUGAAAGGGAGCCAGAGUUCUUUCUGGUGUUGA